GCUCGGCCAUGUCGGCGGCCGUGGAGCGGCGCCUGGCCGAGUUCCGCGCCGCCCGCGGUAGUGCUGCGGCCGCUCCGCGCCCCGCGGACCCGCCGGGAGUGUCCGCGGCUCCGGAGCCCGCCGAGGGACCGCCGGCCGCAGUGGGCCCGGGCGGCGGCGCUGCUCAGGUCCAUCCCGCCCCGGCGCCGGCGGCUCCGGUGUGGGCGCGCCCGCUGCUGCUGAAGGUGCUUCUCUGGGCCGUGUUGCUGGCGCUGUUCGCGGAGCUGGAGCUGGGGCUGCCCUACUUCGUCCUCUCCUUGCUCUACUGGAUGUACGCCGGCACCCGCGGCCCCGCCGAGCGGCGGCCCGGCGAGCUCAGCGCUUACUCCGUGUUCAACCCCGGCUGCGCCGCCAUCGCCGGCACGCUGACGGCCGAGCAGCUGGAGCGGGAGCUGCACUAUCGGCCCGCCGCGGGCAGGUAGCGGCGGCCCGGCGGGGACAGCCGCUGUGCUGGGCCGGCCCCGCCGCCGCCGCCGUCCCAAGGACCCGAGGAAGGGCCGACGGGGGAGGAGACGGGGGUUGUUUCUAUGCAAAACGCCUUCUUGAGCCUUACUGCUGGCCCCGAGUCCCCCGGCGCCGUCCGGUCCCGAAUAAAGCCCUAGCAAAGCCC